UGCAGCAGCACAAUCCAAAGUAAGCCUCCCAGUAAUCAAGAUGCAACUGCUGCCAAUCCUUGUGCUCCUCGCUCUUGUCAUCUGUGUCGCCUGCAAGAACCACGAGGAGUGGGGAGGAUCCCGACCAAGUGACUAUGAUCCCAGGCCAUAUUCAAGGCCGUUCUAAGUCACCAGGAAACUCCACCAAUAAGAAAAAUCGAUACAAUCACAGAUAAAUCGUAAAAGUAAUAAACAAAACAUGAACUAGGGAA